UAUGGAUGCUGGCCAGAAUAGACUUCAUGACAAUAGUGGCCUUCUGAUGAAUACUUUAAGAAAUGAUUUGCAGCUGAGUGAAUCAGGAAGUGACAGUGAUGACUGAAGAAACAUUCAGCUAUAAAUAUAAAACUUGUUGGCAGAAGAGAGGGGCGAUGAGGAGUGAGAAGACAAGGUCAAAGUCUGAGAAAAAUGAGUCCAAGGAAACUCUUUUUUCACCUGUCUCCACUGAAGAGGUACCACCUCGACUUCUCAGCCUUCCAAAGAAGCCAACUCCGAAAAUCUGUGGCUCCAACUAUCCACUGAGCAUUGCCUUCAUUGUGGUGAAUGAAUUCUGUGAGCGCUUUUCCUAUUAUGGCAUGAAAGCUGUGCUGACCCUGUAUUUCCUGUAUUUCCUGCACUGGAGCGAGGACACCUCCACAUCUAUAUACCAUGCCUUCAGCAGCCUCUGUUAUUUCACUCCCAUCCUGGGAGCAGCCAUUGCUGACUCAUGGCUGGGAAAAUUCAAGACAAUCAUCUAUCUCUCCUUGGUGUAUGUGCUUGGUCAUGUGGUCAAGUCCUUGGGUGCCUUACCAAUAAUAGGGGGACAAAUGGUACACACAGUCCUAUCAUUGGUUGGCCUGAGUCUCAUAGCUUUGGGGACAGGAGGUAUUAAACCCUGUGUGGCAGCUUUUGGUGGAGACCAGUUUGAAGAAAAGCAUGCAGAGGAACGGACUAGAUACUUCUCUGUCUUCUACCUCUCCAUCAAUGCAGGAAGCCUGAUUUCUACAUUUAUCACACCCAUGCUGAGAGGAGAUGUGCAGUGUUUUGGGGAAGACUGCUAUGCAUUGGCUUUUGGAGUUCCAGGAUUACUUAUGGUGAUAGCUCUUGUUGUGUUUUCAAUGGGAAGCAAAAUAUACAGAAAACCACCUCCUGAAGGAAACAUAGUAACUCAAGUUGCCAAAUGUAUCUGGUUUGCUAUUUCCAACCGUUUCAACAACCGCUCUGGGGACAUUCCAAAGCGACAACACUGGCUGGACUGGGCAGCUGAGAAAUACCCUAAGCAGCUCAUUAUGGAUGUGAAGGCACUGACCAGGGUACUAUUCCUUUAUAUCCCAUUGCCCAUGUUCUGGGCUCUUUUGGAUCAGCAGGGCUCACGAUGGACCUUGCAAGCCACCAGGAUGAAUGGGAAUUUGGGUUUUUUUGUGCUUCAGCCAGACCAGAUGCAGGUACUAAAUCCCCUCCUGGUUCUUCUCUUCAUCCCAUUGUUUGACCUUGUCAUUUAUCGUCUGGUUUCCAAAUGUGGAAUUAAUUUCUCAUCGCUUAGGAAAAUGGCUGUUGGUAUGAUCCUAGCAAGCCUAGCAUUUGCAGUUGCAGCAGCUGUGGAGAUAAAAAUUGAUAGAAUGACCCCACUGCAGCCCGGUUCCCAAAAGAUUUUCCUGCAAGCCUUGAAUCUGGCGGAUGAUGAGGUGAAGGUGACAGUACUGGGAGAUGAAAACAAUACUCUGUUGGAAGAGUCCAUUAAAUCCUUUCAGAAGAUGCCACACUAUGCCCAGCUCCACCUGAAGACAAAAAGCCAGGAUUUCCACUUCUACCUAAAAUAUCACAAUCUGUCUGUCUACACUAAGCAUUCUAUGGAGGAGAAGAACUGGUACAGUCUGAUCAUUCUAGAAGAUGGAAAAAACAUUUCCAGCAUGAUGGUGAAGGUUGAAGAAAACAAAACAACCAAUGGGAUGACAGCUGUAAGGUUUAUUAAUACUUUACGUAAAGAGGUCAACAUCUCCCUGGGUACAGAUAUCUCCCUCACUGUUGGUGAAGACUACGGUGUGUCUGCUUACACAACUCUACAAAGUGGAGAAUACCCUGCGGUGCAUUGUAGAACAGAAGAUAAGAACUUUUCACUGAAUAUGGGUCUACUAGACCCUGGUGCAGCUUAUCUGUUUGUUGUUAUUAAUCGCACCAGUCAGGAUCCUCAGGCCUGGAAGAUGGAAGACAUGCCUACCACCAAACUCUCCAUUGCAUGGCAGCUACCACAGUAUGCCCUGGUUACAGCUGGGGAGGUCAUGUUCUCUGUCACAGGACUUGAGUUUUCCUAUUCUCAGGCUCCCACUAGUAUGAAAUCUGUACUCCAGGCAGCCUGGUUGUUGACAGUCGCAGUUGGGAAUAUCAUCGUGCUUGUUGUGGCACAGUUCAGUGGCCUGGUACAGUGGGCUGAAUUCAUUUUGUUUUCCUGUCUCCUGCUGGUGGUCUGCCUGAUCUUCUCCAUCAUGGGCUACAAUUAUGUUCCUAUAAAGCCAGAGGAUUUACAGGAGCCAGCAGAUAAGCAGAUUCCCUAUACCCAAGGGAAUAUGAUCAACCUGGAGACCAAGAAGACAAAGCUCUAAUGGCUCCCUGGACUCUUCCCAGACCCCAUUUCUGGGAUUUGGUCUUGGUUAUCACCCAUCCUAAGGCAUUUUUUUCUCCUACUUGUUAGGGAAGGGAAGGAGCAUCCUAUCUGAGCAGAGGUCCUCCACUUUUCUCUCAUGAUAGAGGCAGUUUUAGGACUGGAUAUUCCAGUACAUUAAAGAGCAAGUCCCCCGAGACUCUAUAUCUUCCCAUCAGUUACUAAACUCUGUAAACAUUGUGUAGUAUUCCUGAAGAAGGCCUCGCAUCUCUAAAUGGCCAUUAAAAGCAUAAAUGUGUAACUGAAUUAGUUUCUGGGAUUAUGUAGAGUUAUAUGGGAAUCACUUUACUUGCCAUUUAGAACCAAUGACUCCACAUUUUUAGGGAUUGAUUCAGGGGUAAAAUUGCAGAAUAACAGAAAUGGUAUUUCAGGUUUCUUCAUAAGCAACAUAAUUGUACUAUCCACUAGGACCUCAAGAAUUGGUAUUUAUGGUGCAAUCUGGUAUAGGGCCUGACCUCUCAGCUAUCCAGGUUUGAUAAGACCAUAGUAAAUUUUUCAGUCCAGGUGGUAGGAAACAAAUGACAUUUUAUUAAUACAGAGAAGAAAUACAUCUUUCUGAUAAUUACAGUAUUUUAUCUACUAACCCAAAACCCCCUUUCUUCAUACUAAUAGAUCUUUGGAAACCAAAUUAAAUGUGGUAAGCAUAGUUCUGGAAAACAAGAAUAUGUAUAAAUUAUAGAAAUUCUGUUGAGUCUUCUUUAGUGUACAUUUUUCAUAGGGACUACAAUGUUUCAGCUGGAUUAUGCCUUUCUAAGGACAGUUAUAUGGGUACUAAUUAUAAUUCUCCAACCAUGCAUUUUCAGUGUUUUUGGGUUAGCUUUUUCUUAUUAUUACAUCAUUUCUUGUUUAUUAUAACAGAUGUUUAAUAACAAUAUUUUUAUGAAUCCAA